UCCCUUUCUGUAUCGUUCUCUUUUUUUUUUAAUUAAAUAAAAAAAGGGAUAACGGCUUCAUCAUCUCAUUUGGUACCAGAUCUGAGGCAUGGAGGAGAAGCUCAUACAUCGAUUGGAAUCGGCGGUGUCGCGCUUGGAGGCGCUAACCACCGGAAUCCGCUCUUCCGGUUUACCGGCUGGCGGUUCCGACGCCGCGGAUGCGGUGCUCGAUCCGUCCGUUGUUGCCUUCGACGAUCUGAUCGGCCAGUAUGUUGUUAGGGUUUCCGGUGCUGCCGAAAUUAUUGGAGGACAGGUCUCGGAGGUGACCAAAGUUGUGCAGGAAGCUUUUGCUGUCCAGAGAGAGCUUUUGAUUAAGCUCAAGCUCACUCAGAAGCCUGAUCAUUCUGGGUUGGCUGAAUUUCUGAAACCAUUGAAUGAAGUGAUCGUGAAAGCUAGCACAUUGACAGAAGGAAGGAGAUCCGAUUUUUUUAAUCACUUGAAGGCUGCUGUUGACAGUCUCUCAGCUCUAGCAUGGAUUGCAUAUACGGGGAAGGACUGUGGUAUGAGUAUGCCCAUUGCACAUGUGGAAGAAAGUUGGCAAAUGGCCGAGUUUUACAGCAACAAGGUGCUUGUAGAGUAUAGAAACAAAGACCCAAAUCAUGUUGAGUGGGCCAAAGCUCUGAAAGAUUUGUAUAUACCUGGUUUGAGGGAUUAUGUCAAGAGCUUCUAUCCUUUAGGCCCUGUAUGGAGUCCAACAGGAAAAAUUAUUGCUCCAUCAAAAGCCCCUGCACCUGCUGCCCCUCCUCCUCCGCCUGCUUCUCUCUUUAGUCCUGAAUCAUCUCAGGCUUCAUCUUCUAAGAAAAAAGAGGGAAUGUCUGCUGUUUUUCAACAACUCAGUUCAGGAAAUGUCACUGGAGGUUUGAGAAAGGUUACGGAUGGUAUGAAGACUAAGAAUCGCACAGAUAGAACUGGAAUUGUUGGCACUAGAGAAAAAGAAAGUCAUGCAGGUUCGCAUGCAAUUUCUAAAGUAGGGCCUCCAAAGUUCGAACUUCAAAUGGGCCGCAAGUGGGCUGUUGAGAAUCAAAUUGAGAAGAAAGACUUGGUCAUUGAAGAUUGUGAUGCAAAGCAAUCUGUAUAUGUUUAUGGAUGCAAAAACUCUGUUUUGCAGAUUCAAGGCAAGGUCAACAAUAUAACUAUUGACAAAUGCACAAAGAUGGGAGUUGUGUUUAAGGAUGUUGUUGCAGCUUGUGAGAUUGUAAACAGUAAUGGGGUUGAGGUUCAAUGCCAGGGUUUAGCUCCUACAAUUUCGGUGGACAACACUUCUGGUUGCCAGCUUUAUCUGAGCAAAGAUUCUUUAGAAGCAUCCUUAUCUACAGCAAAGUCAAGUGAGAUCAAUGUACUGGUUCCUGGUGCUGAGCCUGAUGAUGAUUGGGUUGAGCAUUCUUUGCCACAACAAUACAUUCAUGUAUUCAAGGAUGGCCAUUUUGAAACAACUGCAGCUUCUCACUCUGGUGGUUAAAUUGAUUGGAAAUUUGGAGCUUUUAUUUAUACUUACAUCAUCUUAUUCCUUGGAUUGCUGUGGGAGUGCUUUCAAUUUCUUGUUUCUUUAAUUCGUUUACCAAUACAAUCAUACACAUAGGUUUACCAUAUUCAUGCUUGGCUGCCUAAGCUUGUGAUUUUUCCUUUGGCUUAUUUAACCAUUGGAAACAUCCAUAUGAUUUUUAUUUUAUUUUUUGGGGGUCAGAGUUUGCUUCUGCUUGAGCGGGUUUUUCUUGUUAGUUGCAUUUUGCAAUUGGAUUCUUAGCUUUCAGAGGACCCUUACAUUUGUCUGAAUAUCUUGGUUUCAUUCUCAUAUUGUUGCAUAUUUUGGGGAUAGAGCAAUAUGAUGUACUGGGGUCUUGGUGCAUUCUUAAAAUUGUUUGUACAUCUCUUUUGAAUGGAUUUGUUCCCCAAGUUUGUAAUGAGGAAAUGAAAUGAGUUGUGGACGUUCUUGGUU